CAAGAGCAAGUAAAAGUACGCCUCAUCAACAGCUGGAAUGAUGUCACAUGGGAAAAAAUUAAUAUUGUCGUUUGCAAUUUCUUAUAUGACCGUCGAAGCGAACACUACAGAACGUGGAAAGAGCUGGAGCGGAUAGCAGGAAUUCGAAGAGAACACUUAUUCUAUGGAAUAUGCUUCGUUGUUUUCCUUGCUAUUCUUCGUCAAAAUCCGCUCGUUGUCAUACAUUCAGUAGUGGUGUUGGGAUUCCCUGCAGUAUGUACCAUUGUGGUUCUUGAUGAUGGACACCUGGAAGGCGCUAGAUUCUGGAUGGAAUACUGGAUUGUCUAUGCGUUGAUAACAUCACUUGGCAGAGCUUUCAAGAGGUACUUUCAAGCUCAGUUGACUCCAUUCCUUCCUAUGACGUUGACAUUUCACGUCGUU